CCUGCGAUCUGCCAUCUUUUCCACACAUGCGCCGUUAGUUUACAAGAUGGGCGCCCUACUUUCCCUACCGCUGCUCGCGGUACCCAGCAUGGGCACGGUAGUAUCUUGCUUCGCCAGCUGCUGCGGUGCUGCAACAUGCUCUAUGGUGUGUAGCGCGUGUGGCAAAUGCGGCAACAGCAUUGCUACGCGUAUCGCCUACGCUCUGCUUCUCCUCGUCAACUCUAUCCUAGCAUGGAUUAUGCUCACAGAUUGGGCCAUCGAGAAACUACAGCAUCUUGCGCUCGACUAUGUCAAAAUCAACUGCCCCACGGGGCAGUGUUAUGGGUGGCUGGCCGCCCAUCGGAUCAAUUUUGCACUCGGACUUCUACACCUUAUCUUCGCUGGUCUCCUCUUCGGCGUCAGGUCCUCCAAAAGCCCCCGAGCCGCUAUACAAAACGGUUAUUGGGGACCCAAGAUCAUCGCUUGGCUGGCGCUGAUUGUUAUGUCCUUCCUUAUCCCAGACAAGUUCUUUAUGUUCUGGGGAAAUUAUGUCUCUUUUGCGGCUGCCAUGUUGUUCCUUAUCCUUGGUCUCAUUUUACUCGUGGAUUUGGCACACACUUGGGCUGAGUACUGUCUGGGGCAGAUCGAAGAGUCUGACUCUAGGUUCUGGCGCUUCGUCCUCGUUGGCUCGACCUUAGGCAUGUACUUGGCAUCGAUCGCAAUGACCGUCGUUCAGUACAUCUUCUUUGCCCAGGGUAACUGCACCAUGAACCAAACCGCCAUUACCGUCAACCUCAUUCUCUGGCUGAUAAUUUCCGUUGUGUCGGUAAACCCCACGGUUCAGGAAUACAACCCUAAAGCUGGAUUGGCUCAAGCCGCAAUGGUUGCUGUCUACUGCACUUAUUUGACGAUGUCAGCUGUUUCCAUGGAGCCUGAUGACAAGAACUGCAACCCCCUGGUUCGCGCUCAGGGGACAAGAACCACCUCCGUCGUCAUUGGAGCCAUUGUCACCAUGCUUACGAUUGCUUACACUACUACCCGCGCCGCUACCCAAAGCCUUGGCUUGGGAGGCAAUGGUGACGGCAUUCGACUCCCCGAAGAUGACGAGCAUGACUUGGUCACGCAGCAACCUAUGGAUCGCCGUGAAAUGCGGGCGGAGGCUCUGCGUCGUGCUGUCGAGGAGGGUAGUCUACCGGCCGAUGCACUACUCUCUGACGACGAGAGCGACGAUGGCGGAGAUCAUGCGCAUGAUGAUGAGAGAUCCAGCACCCAGUACAAUUACACAAUGUUCCACAUCAUCUUCUUCCUAGCCACGGCAUGGGUAUCGACAUUGCUCACUCUCAAUUACGACGAGGAGUCUACUCAAGAUGGCCAGUUUGCCACGGUUGGCCGCACAUACGGUGCAAGUUGGGUCAAGAUUGUCAGCGCCUGGAUCUGCCACGGCAUGUAUAUCUGGACUCUUGUUGCACCUAUUCUUCUCCCAGAGCGGUUCGACUGAUAAUCUUUGACUGUGUUGGAUUAUGUUUUGUAUUUUACAAGGCUACAGAGAAGGGUAACCAGGUUGGCAAAAUCUUCUACGCUUCGAAUUCAGGAGAACGGCUAAAGAUCAAGAUUUCUGAUACUUGUCUAUGGCCCUAUGAGCAAUGGGUUGGACUAUCCACCUGCUACAACAUGAUGGCAGCGCUAUGAAUAAUCCCCUGCCUGCCAAUCCAGGUUAGUCCGGCCGUGAGGAUAGAGAGCUUGUUUGUUGAAGGGCAACUCUACAAGAGCAAGUUUAUUUUGAAUUUUCUAUGGCAAGGCCUUUUGGAUCCUUGUAUACUAAAGUAACGGAGCUUAGAAUGUCUUGGGCCGGGGUGGUUUGGAAUAGUUAUUUUCGUUGGUAGGCGUUAUUAUAUUAGAUUCUGCUAUUGUUGUCGACG